CACUGAUAGGUGGCACUGACUGGCACUGAUGGGUGACACUGAAAGGCAGCUCAGAUGGGCACUGAUAUGUGGCAUUGAUGUGCACUGGUAGGCACUGAUAUGUGGCAUUGAUGUGGCACUGAUGGGCACUGGCACGUGACACACUGAUGAGCACUGACAGCUGGCACUGAUGGACACUGACAUGUGGCACUGCUGGGGCUACACAGAUCAUCAGGGCACACUGAUCAUCAGUGUUCUGAUGAUCACUGUCAGCGUGACAGCUCGAGAGGAGAGAAAUGCCGAUAACCGGCAUUUCCCUGUUUACAUGUGAUCAGCUGUGAUUGG